AUGAAGCCAAGUAUCUUAGUGGAAUCGCUCACUUUUUGGAAAAGUUGGCAUUCGUCCACGGACCGCUUCGACAGCAAGGACAGCAUCCUGCUUACCUUGGAGCAGCAUGGCGGCAUCUGCGACUGCCAGGCGUCAAGAGACACCACUAUGUAUGCGGUGUCUGCCGAUUCGAAAGGCCUGGACACGGUGGUGGGCUUGCUGGCUGAUGUGGUCCUGCACCCCAGGCUCACAGAGGAGGAGAUUGAGAUGGCGCGAAUGGCUGUCCAGUUUGAGCUGGAGGACCUCAGCAUGCGGCCUGACCCGGAGCCUCUUCUCACUGAGAUGAUCCAUGAGGCCGCUUACCGGGAGAACACGGUCGGCCUCCACCGCUUCUGCCCCGCAGAAAACAUAGCGAAGAUCGACCGUGACGUGCUCCACUCCUACCUGAGGAACUACUACACGCCGGACCGCAUGGUGCUGGCGGGUGUGGGCAUCGAGCACGACCACCUGGUGGAGUGCGCCAGGAAGUACCUCCUGGACGCCCGGCCGGCCUGGGGGAGCGGGGCCGCCGUGGACGUUGACCGCUCCGUAGCGCAGUACACCGGGGGCGUCGUCAAGCUAGAGAGAGACAUGUCCAAGGUCAGCCUGGGCCCCGCCCCGUUCCCUGAGCUCACGCACAUCAUGAUAGGGCUGGAGAGCUGCUCCUUCCUGGAGGCUGACUUCAUCCCCUUCGCGGUGCUGAACAUGAUGAUGGGCGGCGGCGGCUCCUUCUCGGCUGGCGGACCCGGCAAGGGCAUGUUCACCCGGCUCUACCUCAACGUGCUCAACAGGCACCACUGGAUGUACAACGCCACCGCCUACCACCACAGCUACGAGGACACGGGGCUCCUGUGCAUCCAUGCCAGCGCCGACCCCAGACAGGUUCGAGAAAUGGUGGAGAUCAUCACCAAGGAGUUCAUUUUAAUGGGCGGGACUGUGGAUGUGGUGGAGCUGGAGCGAGCCAAGACGCAGCUGAUGUCCAUGCUCAUGAUGAACCUGGAGGCCAGGCCCGUGAUCUUUGAGGACGUGGGGAGGCAGGUGCUGGCGACCCGCUCCAGGAAGCUGCCCCACGAGCUGUGCGCGCUCAUCCGUGACGUGAGGCCAGAGGACAUCAGGCGAGUGGCCUCGAAGAUGCUGCGUGGGAAGCCGGCGGUGGCUGCCCUGGGCGACCUGAGCGACCUGCCCAGCUACGAGCACAUCCAGGCGGCGCUGUCCAGCAGAGACGGGCGCCUGCCCAGGACCUACCGGCUCUUCCGGUAGAGGCUGUUGGCACACGUUUCUUUGGAGGUGAAUUUAGUGCAAGGACUGAGCGCUGCGAACCGCAGGACGCUUCUCCGCAGGGUGAACGCACACGCCGACGCGGCCGCACUCAGCGCCCUCAGGACUACGCGUGCCUCCCGCACUCCACUCGGCCGGGUGGUGUGCAGAAGGCUCCGGCCACAAAGCGCCUUGUCAGUGCCAGGGCGUGGCCCGGGCACGCUGCCUGUUUCAUGGCGCGGCUGUGCACCUGGGCUGUCAGCCGAUGUCAUCAGUUGCAUUGGUGUCCUCACCCUUGAUUUAGGACAGGUCGUUCCAGGCCGUUGGAAUUUUCUAGAACAAGGCAGGGACGUGCCUGCCCCCUGUCCCCCGAUAGGCCUUCUGUUUGAUCCAGCAUUGCCAAGCCGCUUGCCCUCAUUGGAAGAUGGGCUCUGACUUCAGGUGUCGGCGCACGGGGUGGGAGGGGCUUCUUGGGCUUGGUGGUCGGGAUCACCUUUUAAAAGGUGGGAGACGGGAGCUGUACGUUCCGAAGGGAAAGGUUUGUGCUUCUCAAACUCCAGUUCCCAUAGAAGCCCCAGGUUCCACAUGGGAACCCUGAGUCCCCCGGGUAGCUCUAGGCCACCACAGUGUAGAGGGCAGCGUCCUGGCACAGCCAUGGGGCACUGGAGGAGAGGGGCCUCCAUGUCAUCUUUCCUGUGACCCCAGGCAGCCUGGCUCUGCCGUACCAGGGGGUGUGUGUGUGUGGGGGGGGGGGAGGGGGGGUGAGGAAUCAAAUAAACACGUCCGCGUUA